AUGCAAGAAAAGGAAAUGGAGAAAGGAAUAGCUGCCAUGGCAGCCUGCUACCAGACGUUUGACCCUGCAGCCUAUCUACAGUAUAACUACACUCCUCCACGGGCCGACUUAACAAGGAAAGACAGCAUUGUGCCGUGGAAACUGGCAUGCCUGCACAGAGCUUUCACUGAAGACGACGUGAGCGGUGAGCUGCUGCUGGACAUCGGCUCGGGGCCCACUCUGUACCAGGUGCUGAGCGGCUGUGAGGUUUUCAACAAAGUGCUGAUGACCGACUUUUUGGAGGUGAACCGUCAGGAGCUGAGACGCUGGGUCCAGGACGCUGGAGGAUGCAGUCUGGACUGGACACCUUACCUGCAGCACGUCUGCAAGCUGGAGGGUCGACGACCUUCAGCUUGGACAGAGAAAGCGACCAGGCUUCGGCGGGUCAUCGUGGACGUCCUCCCCAUCGAUGUGCACCGCCCUCAGCCCAUGGCCCCUGACGCCCUCCCUGCGGCAGGGGCCGACUGCCUCGUGUCCUGCUUCUGCCUGGAGAGCGUCAGUCCCGACCUGGCUGCGUUCACCAGGGCCCUGGGCCACAUCCGCAAGCUCCUGAAGCCCGAUGGGCACCUGAUGCUCAUUGGAGCCCUGGGAGAGAGUUACUACCUGGGUGGGCCGGGGCUGAAGAUCCCCGUGGUCCCGCUGAAUGAGGCCCAGGUCUGUGCCAGUCUGAAGGAGAGCGGCUUCACCCUGAUCCGGCUGGAGGUUUACAAUCUGCCUCGUGAUAUGAGGAUAGGGGUGGAUGAUGUGACGGGAGUGUUCUUCGCAAAGGCAAAAAAGAAAUAA